CAUCAACUCCUUCACUUAACUGAACUCUCAGUUCCUCCUGUAUUCUCGUUUAGGACGUUUCUCUGUAAUUUUCCCCCGUACGUGUAACUUCUUUCCGGAGCUUCGCCUCACUCGUGCCUGUGUUUUUUCUGAUUUCUUUCAUUUUCCCAUUGUUCAGAAUCCGUGUGUCGGGCGGCCGCGUCACGAUGGGAAUGAUCCGAAUCGGUGCGACGAGGAAAAAACAGAGUCCGGUUUUGGUGGUUGGAAUACUAGUGCUUGCUCUGUUUUUGGAGGCGGCAGAUGCAGAGUACCGGCGUUACAGAGAUCCAACGAAACCGAUGGGGGGCCGGAUCAGGGACUUGAUGGGGCGGAUGACAUUGCAGGAAAAGAUCGGCCAGAUGGUUCAGAUUGAUCGCAAAGUCGCUUCAGCUGACGUCGUGAAAAACUACUUCAUCGGAAGUAUAUUGAGCGGAGGAGGAAGCGUCCCGGGCCAGAAAGCUUCGCCGGAGGAAUGGAUCAAGAUGGUCAACGAGUACCAAAGCGGCGCCAUGUCGACCAGGCUAGGGAUUCCGUUGAUUUACGGGAUCGACGCCGUUCAUGGUCACAACAAUGUGUACAAUGCCACCAUUUUCCCUCACAACAUCGGCCUCGGAGCUACCAGGUGACUGAGUGAUCAGUUUUCAAUUUCAUCACUCCGAUCCCCCCUUCCUUUUAUUAUUUGUGGCGGCGCGUGAUGAGCUGGAUGAUUGUUUUGGACAGAGAGCCAGCGCUGGUAAAGAAGAUAGGAGCAGCGACGGCGCUGGAAAUGAGAGCCACCGGAAUUCCUUACGCUUUUGCGCCCUGUAUCGCGGUGUGCAGAGAUCCGAGAUGGGGGCGGUGCUACGAGAGCUACAGCGAGGAUUCGGAGAUAGUGAAAGCAAUGACGGAGCUAAUCCCAGGCCUGCAAGGAGAUGUUCCUGCUGACGCCCGCAAGGGAGUCCCUUAUGUUGCUGGAAAGAGGAAAGUGGCAGCGUGCGCAAAGCACUUUGUGGGCGACGGCGGGACGGUGAAGGGGAUCAACGAGAACAACACCAUCAUCGACUGGAACGGCCUGAGAAGGAUCCACAUGCCUGCCUAUUUCGCCUCCAUCGUCAAAGGUGUCUCCACCGUCAUGGUCUCUUACUCCAGUUGGAACGGCGUCCGGAUGCACGCCAACCGUAACCUCGUCACCUCCUACCUCAAGGACACUCUCAAGUUCAGGGGGUUUGUGAUCUCUGACUGGCAAGGAAUCGACAGGCUCACCGACCCGCCACACGCCAACUACACUUACUCCGUAGAAAAAGCAGUUGCUGCUGGACUUGACAUGGUGAUGGUUCCACUAAACUACACGGAGUUCAUCGAUGACCUAACCCUACUGGUGAACAAAGGGGUGAUACCGAUGAGCCGGAUCGACGACGCCGUACGGAGAAUCCUGAGAGUUAAGUUCGUGUUGGGCCUGUUUGACAACCCAAUGGCUGACGAUAGCAUGGUCAAUGAGCUUGGCAAGCAAUGGUCGACCACCAAAGUCACGUACGAGGAAGCCCCAACAGCAGACUACGUGAAGGCCAACGACUUCUCCUACGCCAUUGUGGUAGUGGGAGAGCAUCCCUAUGUGGAAACGGGAGGAGACAACCUCAACCUGACCAUACCGGAUCCCGGCCCAGCCACCAUUCGGAAUGUCUGCGGAUCGGUGAAAUGCGUCGUCGUUUUGAUCUCCGGCCGUCCGCUGGUGAUCGAGCCGUACGUUGACUCCAUGGACGGCCUCGUGGCGGCUUGGCUCCCCGGCACCGAAGGUCCCAGGUGUCGGAGCAAGGAGAUGGUGGCGGCUCUUGAGAGAGGUGUCGGCGGGCUUCGCAUUUGGGAUCCAGGGUUGUUUGUUUGUGCAGAGGUUUGUUUGGAGAUGCGGUCGGAUACAGGCUUUCGGUGCAAGAAUCGAACAAAAAAUGAGUCCGAGCGGGCGACUUUUCAAGGUCCUCAUCCCAGCGGCAGGAAGAUCGAAAGGCUGGCAGGUGUUAUCGCCCUCGUCCAAGAGUUCUAUCAUGACGAGCAUCAACUGCGUGUCGAUAUGUUUGAGACUUUGGGGUCAGCGACUGAUCUGCCUGAGGCCCCGCUACAUCCAAAUCUUAAUACUCUGCGAAAAUCUUAUGCAGAUGUUGUCAGAGGUGGGGGCUUCUAUGGAGUUGGUAGUUGCUCUAUUGUACAGGAUUCAAGUGGAAUUUUUAUUAGAGUGGGUCAGGAAGGAGUCUCGGAAAGGUCCGGUACGCUGGAGCGUUGCUUGGUUAUCAGGUUUCAAUCGGUUGGCCACGAAGUUUUCUCGAGGGACCAGUUGAGCGGUUUCAGGAGAUGGGCAGAGAAGACUUGGGCCAGUGAUUCUAAUUUUGGUUUGGAGGAACUUGACGAUGGUAGAUGGCUGCUAAUCUGCCCAAGCUUACGCGAACUAAUGAGGAUUAAUAGUCUGGCUGGUCAUCAGUUUAAGAACUUCCUUGUCUCAACUUAUUUGUGGAAGGAGAUAGACGAGGGGGCUCCACGGUUGGAUGAUGCUUGUUGGAUGUUGGUCUUCGGAAUCCCUCUGCACCUUAAGAGCGUCAAUCUUAUCAGAACUAUUGGAGAGUUCUGUGGAAAUUUGUUGGAUAUAGAUUGGAAUUCUUGGGCAUCCUCUUGUGUUCGCAUGAAGGUGAUUGCAAAGGGAUCUACAUCAUCUUCAAUCCCCCUGGUUUAUGAAGAUCAAUGGUUCACCGUGGAUGUUAAAGUUUUGCCGGCGUCUCUGUCGGGAGGGAGGCGCGAGUCGGAGCAAGGGAAGAGAGGGGAGAAGUCGAAAGGUCAUGAGGAUUUUCGGGUUUCUCAAAGCACGGGUAGCUCCCAAAGCCAGUUUGUCUCGCGAGUUUCUAUGAGGAAUUUGAAGCGUCGUACUUUGAGGGCGGGUCGCCCAUCUUUAGAGGGAUCUUCGAGCAUGCAUGGGGGCGUACAGGGAGGCUCAAACACUAUUAGGGUUGGAGAUCUCUCAGGACGGGUUAAGAAGGUGUGGGUUAGGAAAUUUGGGCCGCUACUCAGGCCCACCCCUCCAGAGUCGGUCGACAGGUUCGUCGAGCCUGCGUCUAUUUCUGCUGGGCCGGGUUUAAUUAUCUAUAGCAAUGGGUCCGCUUCUGGGCCCAUGCCUGGGAGGAUCUUUUCGGCUUUAUUUUCUAAGAUGAUGCAGCCGUUCUCAGGCAUAUCGGUGGUGUUUCACUGUCCUUCUCCAGGUGUUAUUCAAAUCUAUUUUGAAGAGGAUUCUUCCCCCUCUAGUCGUGUUGAGAUGUUGGAGGGCAGUCAGGGGGCGGCAGAGGGUUCUCCUCCGGAGUCCCUGCGGAAUGUUGCGGAGUCGCUCUCCCCUUUGCAAUCGGACCGUGAGGUUGGGAGCCCCCUGAUUUUGAUUUCCCCUCCCCGUCUUGUGUUGCUGAUAGUCAGCCUAGGUUUUGGAGUCAAGAUGUUUUUCCCUUUGAUCUGGGCACUUUGGAGUCCAUAA